AUGGAGGCCACGACACUCGCGCAACCAGCAGCAGCGUCUUCUUCUUCUUCUACAACACCACCAACAGGGAGAAAGUCACAACCGCAAAAUGGCCAAGCCAACAGCCAUGCCACAAGCCAAAGUUUGUAUCAGUGCGCAUACUGCCUGCGAAGGUACUCUCGUCCCGAGCAUCUCCAGAGGCAUAUAGCCACUCACACCCUCGGGAAGCGUUUUGUCUGUGACAUCUGUGAAAAGGCUUUUGGGCGCGGAGAUUUGCUCAAAAGGCAUAGACAAAACCACCAAGACGACCCGACGGGGGCUAAGAAGCGGAGAGUGACAUCGACAGCUGGUCGGGUUACGGCGGCUUGCCAGGCGUGCGCUCGUGCUCGAGUUAAGUGUGACGAGGUCAAGCCGUGUGCUCGAUGCAAGAAUCGAAACCAGACAUGUGAGUACAGCACAUCAGAGGCCAGCUCCGCAGCCGCCAUGCACCUCCUACAUCUUUCCGCGGCGAGGUCUGGCUCGGGAUCGCCGGAGGGACAUGAUCAUGCCUCCUCGACCAAGUCAGUCUCGAACUCGCCUUCUCCAUUACAAGCACACCAGGUCACCGACCCGGCAUCUUUCAGUCAGCAAUCGCCCAUGUCUGUUGCCAAUGCCUUCCUGCAACCCCAGUUUGCGCUGUCGGCCCAGCCGCCCCUGGACCCACGUCUCGCAGGGAUGGACAACGCGAGCGGAAGUGGUGUCAUGGGCAAUCCCACGGCUGGCUUUGAUGGUAUGUCUGGCACACGCGAGGGAGACGUGGUCAUGAGCACUAGCUGUGACCGGCAGUACCAAGGUACAGCUUUUGCUGCGCCUCCAUACAGACCAGUCGGCGAUGUAGGCACUCCUGAUGCUGCGCCCUUUGCAUACUUCAUGCGAGAUGUUCUUUACGAUGAACUAGAUCCAUCGAGGAUGGUAGGCUCUCAGGGGCUAUCUGUACUGGACUUUAGUGUCAACUCAAGCUUGGAGUUGAACGACGUGGACUUUGGUUUGUUGGACCUGUGGAGUGGUCACGCGAUGCCUCGGCCAGACUCAACCCAGCAGCCACCAGCAAGCACGACGGCAAAGGCGCCGGUUGAUUUGUCCAAGAUGAGAAAGCGACUUGUGAAGUCUUGGAGCAACUCGCCAUGGCGUUGGAUCCCAAGCACCCAUGACUCAGGUUAUUGUGAACAGGAGAAUCUCACGGUGCCCGAGGCAGACACUUUACUCACCCAAGUCGACCGGAUCAUCUCUGACAAGCUGGAUCCCUCAAUCCGGGACCGCAUCCUGGCUUCGGUCUUGAGCGAGUGUCGUGGCAACGAUACGCUUCGACGUGUGGCAUCCUCUUUCCCCUCAACCGAAAUCUUGGAGUCUCUCAGCAACAUAUUCCUGGCAUCGCACCUGUCGUCGGUAUCUUCCUGGCUGCACAUGCCUACUUUCCAGCUGAACAGUAGUCACCCAGAGCUGAUAGCCUGUUUUGCUUCGGCCGGGGCAGCCAUAUGUCCCGACAUGACGCUGAGGCGCUUUGGUCAGGCUUUGCAGGAAGUCGUGCGCUUGACGUUGCCUAGCCGUUUUGAAGAAAGUCAUGUUCGCAUCAAUGAUCUCGGGCUCGUGCAGUCUCUGGUUUUGAUGCAAGACCUUGGGCUUUGGAGUGGCAACCGGCGAAAGAUGGAGAUUGCCGAAUGCCACCUGAACAUUCCAGUAACCAUGAUACGGUACAGGAACAAGUUCAAGAGGUCAUAUUACUCCAGGAUAGCAGUCACGGCUGAGGAUCGAGGCGAAGUGCUCGAGCAGAAAUGGAAGCAUUGGAGGGAGCAAGAAUCUUGGAAGAGGCUUGUUUUCCACUGCCACCUGAGAGACGCGCAAAAGUCACUGACGACCUUGACACCCCCACAAAUGUCGUAUUCUGAGCUUACCCUACCACUGCCGGAAGCUAAACAGCUCUGGUUUGCCUCGACGGCCGUAGAAUGGCAGAGACAGUACCUCGCAAUGGGCGAGCCAGGCAACAACGUACUGCCCUCUCUCGUCACUUUGUUUCAAGACAUGAGUGUCCUAGGAAGAGACCGGCACCGCCUCGAUAUACAAUACGCCAUUGCCAUAUAUCUGCAUGGUGUAUGGUCACUGAUAUGGGAGCUUCGUCAGCUAGCCGCCGUACAGCGCCACAGCAUCUUCUCUCGGGGCUCGGCAUCAACAGCCCCGGGCAGCCAGAUUGGUGCCCAGGACCCCGCGUCCCUGCUCCUCAAAUCCAGACAUCACGAGAUAUGCAAGAUGCUGGAAGACUUCUCAUCGGCGACAAGCGACUGGAACAAGCUUUCAGCCCAGGAAUCUCUGACACUCAACUUGCUACAGCUGCAUCUUCACGUGUCGAUGGAUGAACUACAAAUUUUUUCGGGCCGGGAGAACGAAGAGCAGGCCCGUCGCGUUUUCAUCCACCUGCAAACAUGGGCCGAGUCUGAAGAGGCUCGGAGGGCACUUUGGCAUGCGGGCCAGGUGUUGCGGAUGGCCAAGCUCUUCCCAUCGGGUCAUCUGAAAGACUUUUACGCGAUUGGUGUGCACCAUGCAGCACUCACAAUCUGGACUUAUGGCAUCAUCAAGAAUGCGGCCGGGCCCGGCAACCUGAGCGGCCUCUCCUUAGGCGACCUAGUGUACUUGGAUGGGCCACAGACGGCCCAGGUUGCGCAGUUCAUCAAUUUUGGCCAGGGUUGUCCCGCCAUCAGGGGACCAACCCACAGCGUCGUGGGCAACAGCGGGAACCUGAGACAGGACGAUGAGCGGCAGCAACAGCAGCAGAAGUACGGCGGCAGCGGCGUGGUGGUGGCUCCUGUCUCUGACUCGCAGGCUUGCAUGAACAUCGCGCUCGAGAUCUUUCACGCCGACAGGUCCGGCAGCGCACACGAAGAUGAGGAGCAGAUGGUUGCUAUUAAUGAGAACCUGUGCCACCUCCUGGCGCAGCUCCGUUGUGCGGCACGGGCUGUUGCCGAGGUUUGA